CCUCUCUCUCAUUCACCAUGCAAUUUGUCUUUCCUUCUGACCAAGACUUCUCUCCAAACAAUACCCAAAAACUCACAUAAUUUAUCUUUCCCUCAUUUCAAGAUUCCCCAACACUUAUUUUCUCCAAGAUCAUCUUCAACUCUCUUGAAACAGAGUACUUUGUUGCAAGAACCAAAGAUUUUGAUGGCCAUAGGAAUCUUUGAAUUGAUCCCAAGCUCAUCACCAGACGAGCUAAAGAAGAUACUUGAAAAGCUUUCAACAAAAUGGGGAGAUGUAGUUGAGGAUCUUGAGAGUCUUGAAGUGAAGCCAAUGAAAGGAGCGAUGACUAAUGAAGUUUUCAUGGUGAGUUGGCCAAGGAAAGAAACGAAUCUUCGAUGUAGGAAGCUUCUUGUUCGUGUAUAUGGAGAAGGUGUUGAUGUUUUCUUUAACAGAGACGAUGAGAUUCGUACUUUUGAGUUUGUAGCUCGUCAUGGUCAUGGACCUACGCUCCUUGGACGCUUCCCCGGCGGUAGAGUCGAAGAGUUUAUUCAUGCCCGGACACUAUCGAAAACAGAUCUUCGUGAUCCGAACAUAUCAGCUCUGGUUGCAUCUAAGCUAAGAAGAUUCCACAGCAUACACAUUCCUGGUGAUAGAAAUGUGCUCAUCUGGGACAGGAUGAGGACUUGGGUAGGACAAGCCAAGAAUCUGUGUUCAGAUGAACAUUUAACAGAGUUUGGUCUAGACAACGUUGAAGAUGAAAUCAACUUGCUGGAACAAGAAGUGAACAAUGAACAACAGAUUGGGUUCUGUCACAAUGAUUUGCAGUAUGGUAACAUCAUGAUUGAUGAAGACACCAAUGCCAUUACCAUCAUUGAUUAUGAGUAUGCAAGUUAUAACCCGAUUGCUUAUGACAUAGCAAAUCACUUCUGUGAGAUGGUGGCAGAUUACCAUUCUGACACUCCUCAUAUCUUGGACUACACUCUAUAUCCAGGUGAAGAAGAAAGGAGGAGAUUCAUCUGCAACUACCUUAGCUCUUCAGGUGAAGAACAGGAACCAAAGGAAGAAGAGAUAGAACAGCUCUUGGAUGAUACUGAGAAGUAUACAUUGGCAAGCCAUCUCUUCUGGGGUCUAUGGGGAAUCAUCUCUGGCUAUGUGAACAAGAUUGAGUUCGAUUAUAUCGAGUAUUCGAGGCAGAGAUUCAAACAGUAUUGGCUUCGAAAGCCCCAGCUUUUAUCUUUCUACCCAUCCUCAUAAGUAAUUCUCUAUUUACUUUUAUGUCUACUCUUUGCAAAUAACACCAUACAAAAACGAUGAUGUAUCCAUAAUAUAGCUAUGCCAAAGCUAAAUAACUGUGUUAUUCUUGCUUUCUGAUAUACUAUGUAAUGACUGAGUAAAAGUUAUAAAUACUCAGCACAAUAAUAGUUCCACAAAAGAGUGAAAAGUUUAAUACUUGAA